CCAACGACGAGUUCUUUUUUUCUCUCGAGAAAGAGAUGAUAUCAUUUCUGUGAGGAAGCCCCCCGUAGCAGGAUCCCUCCCCUAUCUGCAAACCGCAUACAUUUAUAUGCAACACCUUCUUUAUUUAUGGUCCGGGACUGUUUUUAGUUUAGUUUUGCCUCUUGCUUCCCACUUAGACUCGGCGAGGUUCCCGCUGACCACAGCCUUUACCAUAGUCACCAUCACAGGCGUGGGGCUGUGUGAUGAGGUCGCCCUGCAGCUGUGCUUCGGUGAUGCUAAAAUAAGGCGGAUUUGUGCUGUCGGUGGUCAACUCGUCGCUCAAGUGUGUGAAGAAAUAGACGGCAGAAGAACAUAGCGACUACUGGGACUGAGGGAACUGGUGAAUAUCCAUGAGCUCCGAUUUCCCUCACUGCAGUUUCAGGAUGCCAAAUAUAGGGUUCCAGAAUCUUCCCCUAAAUAUCUACAUUGUGGUGUUUGGGACAGCCAUCUUUGUCUUCAUCCUCAGCCUCCUCUUCUGCUGCUACUUAAUAAGGUUACGGCACCAGGCGCACAAAGAGCUAUAUGCAUACAAACAAGUCAUCCAGAAAGAAAAAGUCAAAGAACUAAAUUUGCAUGAGAUUUGUGCAGUGUGCUUGGAGGAGUUCAAACAGAAAGACGAGCUGGGGAUUUGUCCGUGCAAACAUGCCUUUCAUAGGAAGUGCCUCAUUAAGUGGUUGGAGGUGAGGAAAGUGUGCCCGCUGUGCAACAUGCCCGUCCUGCAGCUUGCCCAGCAGGCCGGCAACAUGGAUGCCCCGGUGCCAAUACAGCAGCCUCUACCCGGCAUCGAGAACCUGGUGUAGCAGCCUCCAACCCUCCUCACAUAUAGUACACGACAGACACACACAAAUACACAUCCCAUCACUCAUACUCCCACUUGUACAGGUACACCUUUGGUAUGAAUCUGUGGACAGAGCGGAGACAGACACUCACAAAAACUGUGACUCUUCCGCCAUUAUCAACUUAUUCUUGCAAUGGUUCACAAAAGGAUUUGCUUCUAUCAGUUCUGACUGAUAAUCGACUGUAUUCAUGAGUUUUUCUUUUCGCGGACAAUGAAGAAAACAGUUGAUCUUGAAAAAGUGUCCUUGUUGGCCAAGACGUGGUCGAUAACUUUUUCUCAACCAAAGCACUUUUCUGGAGACACCAGCAUAAGACCAGGAGGGCCAAGAACUACAGUACACUAAAAUAUAAAUUGUUUUACUUUUUUUUUUAAAGCACUUUAUGAUAAGGCAAACCUUAAUUGCUUGUCAUUCUAGUAGCAAGGUUAUGUUUUAUAUGUUAUCAUUAACUAUUAGUUGAUGUACUGUACAAAGCCACAUGGGUGUUGAUUUUUAAUUAGUAAACUUUGAUUUGUAAAGCAAAAUAUCUGAAAGGGACAACAAAACCUGUCAGUAGACAGGUCAUGAAAUGUGGAUAAUGCUUUUAGUUGUAAGUGCACACACAUACAAAAUGAAGCUCAAAGCAACCUUGAGACUUUGUCCGAUUAAAUGUGAAAGGUUUAAAUGUGUUGAAACAGAAUUCUUCACACUAAGCCGAAAUAAUUUUCCCCCUCAUUGAUGGCCUGUUUGUCAUUCAUUACAAUGUGACUUUUGCCGUUAUCCUUUGUUAUUAUUCUGUCAAUACAGGAAGGUGAUAGAGUGAACCGAUCAACAUAUACAAGUGCAGUACAUCCUCUUACCCCAGAAAAACAAUUCACAAUCUCUCCAAAAGGAAAUCACAGUUUCAAGCAACUACUUCAACAACUGUGAUUAUUUAAACCAGUAUUAGUGUGUGACACCUGGAGCUUUAUCCAUAAAACUGUUUUACACAACAAAGUAAACCAAUGUUAAGCAAGUGUCUAAAACACAUAACAUAAAUGUUCCGCUUUUGUUUUGUUCUGCAUACACAGUUGCCGGUUUUUUUUGCAUCCAUCCAAGUAGAGUAUUUGUAUUUAUUGUUGUAUUUAUAAUAAUUACUGGGUACAGCUGCAUAGAGUGAACCAGUAAGUGGAUGAUUAACACCUGCACCAGAAUUACUGCCCUCAGCAGAUAAUCAGCAUCUCUUUCGGUCAAGAAAUACUCACGACUCGGUAAAACACACACAAAGGGAGUGGCAGGGGUCAGCAGGUUGUAAUGAAGCAGCAUUUUCAUUCAUGCACACACACAUACAUAAAGGGUAGUUCUGCUUUUUGGCUGCAGUAUUCUGGCGCUUUCAUCUCUCCCUCUUUCUGUUUUUGCUUUGUGCCACACAUAUAGUAACUCUUAAGCCCUGCCAGCUUUUGUGUUUAUGUUUUUUUGUCCUCAUCCCUUGUUUGCUGAAUUUGGUAAAUGGGUUGUGUGUCAAUGUGCUGACCUGAAAAGGGCAGCUACAAAAACUGUGCUGUGUCAGGAGUGAUGGAUUUAAGAUAUGUUGGAGAUGUCCUUUAACCUGGGAAAUGUAGGGACAAAUAAUAAUACAUUCUCAUUAUAGGCACAAUCCCUGAUCCAAAUAUUAAAACAAAAAUAAAUAAUAAAUAAACAAAAGAAUAGUCCCACCAUAAAUAAUGUUAACUAACACAAUGAAAUACAAUUAAAUCACAUUUCUCAAUGUGUUUUGCGCGAUAAAAAGGGUUUGUUUCCAUGAUGUUUUAUGUUUACAAACACUACUGAUGAAAAAAGAAACAAGCGAAAACAGGCUUAUAUUCAGAAUAAAAAUUGUUUGUAUAUCUUUUAUUUUGUCUUUUGGAAUAAAUCAAAACAGAACAUAGAUUUUUCUUUUAAGAACACAAAAUUCGCCGUGAGACUUUAUUCUCCAACACCAACUAGAUCUCACGGGUUCCCAGCACAGCUUACAAAGUGACAAAGGAUUUGGUUAUCCUGUAUGUAGCGUAUUAGUCGGUAGUCCCGUGCCCUUUUCAAGGUCCAGUCCUCGGACAUAAAGAAAGUAUUAACAUUUUAAAGCAACUUAGAUUUCAAGAAACAUAUUCUUCACAUUAGCCUUAUUUUAACAAAUACAGCAACAAUUACAAAAACAAGACCAGGGAUGUGUUAGUUGGCCAUUUCAAACUUACAGUUUAUUAAUGAUUAACUUUGUGAUCAGAGAUUCAUUCAUAUUGCAUGUUAGGGAAGAGGUAGUGGCUUUAUGUUGACGGAAAUAAGCAACAUAACUAUAGUGUUUGGUACCUUUUCGCUUAUUAGUCUUCGGUUAUGAAGACACUGCCACUGUUUAACCCUUGUGUUGCCUUAGGGUCAUUUUGACCCGAAUCAAUAUUACACCCUCCCCCCGCCUUUGGGUCAUUUUGACCCGAUUCAAUGUUUCACCCUCCUGUUACCUUUAUAUUUACUAACAUAUUUUACCCUUUGGGUUCAAUUUGACGCCAGCAAUUAAAACCUCCAGAAAAUUAUUAGAAUUAAUAUUGUUUUCCAAGUUUAAGUGUGAGGCACUUUAUGUUUGUUUGUUGACUACCGAAAGGACACCGACAUUAAACAUUGAAUGGGGUCAAAUUAAUCCUAAGGCGGGGGGAGGGUGUAAUAUUGAUUCGGGUCAAAAUGACCCUAAGGCAACACAAGGGUUAAAUGAAUUUGUACGAUACUGCAAAUUUUACAAUAUGAUAACUGACAUUUUCUUUUUAGCCAUUAUCCUCCAAACCGCUGUAUAUAAACUAUACAGCGGCGUGUAUUUCUACCACUGUCCCUGAAAGACGUCAUAUCUUGAUGCUCAAUGAUUCAUGUCUUAAAGUUGUGUUCCUGCUCACGGAUUUGUCUCGGAAUGUAAAGUGCACGAGAGAAACACAAGAGGAGGAGAUCUAAUGUGAAAGCCUGCUCUGUUGUCAUGUUGUCAGUGUUAUCACCAUUGUUGAAUGUGUGUAGACAGUAGUCGUGUGUUAAUACAUACGAAGCGCAAAGAAAUGCUCCUUCAUAUCAACCAAAUGGGAGCUGAACACUUCCUGCCAUUUGGCCAUUUUAAGUGUUGUGUCAGAUUGUAGACAUCUUUACCCCGUUUCCAUCCUGUGCCGUCCUAAUCCUACUAAAAACAAAGUGCCAAUACAAAAUGAACUGUUAUGAAAUAAAGCCCCAACCAGGAAGAAAGAUUGUUAUGCAUUUCUAAAGGAAAGGAGAUUUUCUUUUGUCACAUUAUGGCCAAAGAAGAAUGAAUAUAGAAAUGCCCCCCGCCACUGAAAUUGGAAUCAUUGACGUCAGUGCUGCUUCUGAGUUAUCAACACUAAAAAAUAGACAAGAAAAAAAUACCAGUCAGGGACAUCACUAGAUAUAAAAAAUGUACUGAUACUCAAGAGUAGAUUGUCUUCAAGGCACAAUGUUUGAAGUUAGACAGUGCUCUAGAAGAAUAUGGAAAAAAUGGUUUUAUUAAAAGGAAUGUAUUACCAACAUCCUCUAUUGAUGAAGGGUGUCCUUAUAUUUACAUGGUUGGUUUUAGCAACCAGACCAUUUAAAAAAAAAAUCUCUAUCACUGCCUCCCCAAAGUCAACUUUCCUCUUGUUUUCAUGGUGCUAUUUAUUCCUGCGAGGCCCUUCUCGUGCCCUUCCAAGUCACAGAUAACUUCCUCGUUUCAAACAAUCCAUGCUACCUUUACCAGUGUACCCCAGAGCCCCUCCCCUACCCACAGACCCCUUUUUAAUUACACUGAUUACGUUUGUGGCUCUCACAGACAUUGUUAUUACAACUUAGAAUUCUGCAACAGAAUAUUUUUGGAGACAACUUCCUGUACAGUAUUUGUAAGCUCUAUUUUUGUAUAUUGCUAUUUUUUUGGAGAAAAAAAUAAGCAUUUAUUUUUCUUUUCUUGUUUUUGCUAAUUUCAUGUUUAUUAAUUUAAAGAAAAUGUUGCAUGUAUAUUUGAACUGUAAAUAAAAUGUCCAAGUUUUUG